CUUGACGUCCGCGGCACGGGCACGAUCAGCGCAGUAGAGUUUUAGCCGUGUCGGAGAAACUGUGUCGCUCGAAUCGCGGUCGUCGGUUUGUGUGUCCUUCGAGCAAAUCGCGAAAAUAAUCUGCUUGCUAAAGUCAAGAGUCACUAGUAAUCGGCAAUAUUACUAGGUUGUGCUAUCUAAGUUGUGCCAAUCAGACAGUGAAAAUAUCAAAAGGUUUUCCACUUCUAAACAGGUUCGGAACGGAACGGGCGUUAGUUUGAAAAGCUCAGCGAAAAAAGUGCAUUUGUGAAAGCGACGGUGUUUCCGUGAACGCGUGGAAGGUCGUUAAAUAUAGAACUUUCCGAGCGUCUGCUAAACGGCAGUACGCCAGGAAUUAACAUACACCCAUAUACGUCGCAUCCUUGGUCGCAUCAACCAGCUGCAUCAACCGCGAACGACAUUGCGACCAAGGCGAGAUGAGUCGCUGCGACAAUAACUGGAAUGUCAAACUGUACAUCCUAACGUGGAAUGUGAGCACAAAGUUUCCGGACAAUUUGUCACUCGGCAAACUGCUCGGUUUGGAGAAUUCCCACCAGGACUCGGAUCUGCCGGAUUUUUUCGUCAUUGGCUUACAAGAAGUUAACGCACAGCCCCAGAAUACGCUGUACAAUCUAUUCAAGGAUGACCUUUGGACUCAGCGCUUUAAGGAGCUGCUCAAAGAGCGAGACUAUGUUGUGAUAAAAACGGAACAAAUGCAGGGACUGCUGCUAUCGGUGUUUGCGAGGCGGAAACACUUGCUGCAUCUGCGGCAGGUUGAAACUGAGUACACCCGGACGGGACUUGGUGGAAUAUGGGGUAACAAAGGUGCUGUUAGUAUAAGGCUUAACGUGUAUGGCUGCUCCAUUUGCUUGGUUAACGCACAUCUGGCUGCCCACGAUCAUAUGCUGGAGGAGAGGAUCAAUGACUAUGAGAAGAUCGUCCAGGAGCACAAGUUCCACGUGAAAACGAAAGAAGCCAUUUUCGAUCAUGAUUAUGUGUUUUGGUUCGGUGAUCUCAAUUUCCGGCUGACCGGUGAGGCUACGACAUCAGCGGAAGACAUUCGUGCGAUGGUCAAACAUGAUGAGCUGAAGAAAUUGAUUGAGAAAGAUCAACUACUGCUGGUUAGGCGUGAAGGGCGUGCUUUUCAGAAGCUUAAUGAACGGCUACCACAAUUCCCUCCGACUUUUAAGUUUGAACAUGGUACCAACGACUACGACAUGAAGCGACGACCAGCUUGGACAGACCGGAUAUUGUACGCCGUCAAGGAGAAUAACUACAGAAACGUAAAGCUCACAGUGGAACAGACAUCGUACAAAAGUCACCCCAGCUAUAAUAUUAGUGAUCACAAGCCUGUAACGAGUGAAUUCACGAUUAAGUGCCAUAUAAGAAUUAAGGACGACUUUUACCGGACCUACUACGUGAAGGAGCGCAGCAAAAAGCGCGCUUCGCUGUUGAAAACCACUAAUAGUCGCGUGGUUCGUAAGCCACAGUACAGUGGUGAACGCUUUAAGACCCAACAUUAUCAACGACUUAGCUACCGGAUGGCGAUCGCCAACGGUACCGAGUCGAGUCCGCGGUUGAACUCAUUCGAUGACCUCGUUUCCGAUCUGGUUGACGGUACACAGGUAUACGAGGACACUACCGAGCGGACGAUUGUUUUCAAGCCGAUCGAGCUGUGGCUGGUGGGAGAACCGAACAAGAUCGAGUACACCAUUCCGACUGGCUUCGAGGAAGGUAGUGCUGACUGGAUUGGCAUCUAUCGGGAGGAUUUCACAAGCUUGAGCGAGUACCUGGCAUACGAGUACACGGAAGGCUACAAGGAGAAGCAGCACCAGCUUAACGCACAGCAGGAGCAGCAAUUGAAGAACACCCGAACAGUGGAGCUGAACUUUUCGGAGAACGUGAGCCUUCCAUUGGGCGUACGGUAUCAACUACUCUAUUUCCAGAGUACCGGCUCUCGUGGCGUCACGGGUCUGGUGGGUAUCAGUAACACAUUCGCGGUAGAAAAACGAUGCCCAUCACCCUCAUUUGACGAUAUCGAUUAAUUGGUCGAGGGUUCAGCCGUGAAGCGAACUGUUCCGUUGGUUCAAAACAUUGUCAUGAUGAAACGCUGCUAGGAAAAAACGACCGUGGCACUCGAGUGUGAUAAAUCAUAGUCACUAAAUUUAAUGGUUAUUAAACGGAAUGAGAUGAGAUAGCGCAGAUUGGGUCAUUUAGUGUGUAGUUCCUGAUGAGAGCUUAUACAUAGUUUUAUCGCAGAGGCUUUCGAAUUUCGCAGUAGGUACUGGAACUGGAAGCAGGAGCAACAAAUUUGUUACUCAAGCCCAAGAAACCCUCCCACUUUGCUUCCAGUAUCACAACGAUUUGCGAUUGGCUUCCUAUAGGUUACCUAGUGUUACUGCAAAAAAAUUCCCCGCCUUCUAUUAGAACGAAUGCCUUUCGGUAGCGAAAAACGCCAACCAACACAGAACACGCGUACCAGAGUAGAAACUAGAUACCGAAAGCCAUGCUGCUUGGCUACAUGAGUUAGCUAUAAUUAUAGUAUACUACGAUGAGAUGGCUCUCAUCCUUAUUGCACUAUAUUUUCGAUGAAACACUUGUGGAUUCAACCAAAAAGUAUGUUAAACGGUCUAAGCAUAUUAUCAAAUUAGUACGAAUAGUAAACGAAGGCUUCUGUACGGAAUAUGGAACUCGAGAAAGUUAAAUAUGUACUAGCUUAUUAAUAAAUUCGUCAGGAAUUUACAUGCGAGAGGAGAAACAAUAGUUGUAAUUGGUAACGGACGCAGCAGCUUCGUCUUUCUAAUCGGUUAAGAAACAAAUUGCCAAACUAAAUUACGUACAGGAUUACGCAUAAGUUGACAGUUAGUAGAUGUUUAAGUUUAUUUGCUAUUCUAGGAGACAUUGAAGGUAUCUUUCUAAAUCCCUAUUUGGUGUAUUCUGUUCGCCUCAAGUUUUAGCUAGCGAAUAUUAUUACUGUUGUGGUUUGUCAAUAUUGAAACAAUUUAUCACUCUGACACUAAACCACCUGCGGCACCACAAACCUUCAUAGUAUUAAAGCUAACAACUUGCACCAGCUGAAGUAUCCACAGAGCAUUGUUUGUUUGGUGAUAUCCAAAAAUUAGACUAUCGACACUUGUUCUGCGUGAAGACUUAAGGAUAAAUGUUCUGGAAAUUGCACUAGAAACAUACCAGCCGUUAAUACAAUUGCAUUUGAAGUCUUUCAGCAAAAGGUA